AUGGACCUCAGUGAUCUCGGCUUCACUGACAAGCCCAGCGUCACCCAUCACAUCGAGACCCACACUAGUAAGAAGCCCUUUGCCUGCACUGACUGUGGGAAGAAUUUCACCGUGAAAUCCCACCUCACCCAGCAUCACCGCAACCACACUGGGGAGAAGCCGUACGUCUGUGGUGACUGCA